AUGCUAACAAAAGGUAGAAGGUGUUCUACUAAUUCAUCAAGAUACGUCCAAAAUCAAUUACUAUUAAUGGCAGUUCAAGAUUUAUCUGAUAACUCAGAAGAAUUUAGAUAUAAAAUUGAAUAUGACUGUAAAGCACGUUUGCUUCUUAGAA